AUGGCAACACCAAAAGCCAUGUUGUCUAGACCUCGUAGUCGGGCUUUACCAGUUGCGCGACUGCUCGUGCGCCAAUCGUCGACAUCACAAGGUCAGGAUUGGGCCGGUCGUCCAUUUGACGUCGCCAAAGACAACGUUGCGCAACUGGCUGCCAGUCCUCGCCGGGCUUUGACACUGGCAGACUUACUCAAACACGGGCGUCCACCACUGUCUAAAGACGCACUUUUAGCCUCGGCCAACUUCACCCUCUCACUCCUGCCCGCCCGCCUGGCAUCUCGGAUCCAAGCACUGCGAAACCUCCCUUACAUUGUCGUUUCAAACCCCCACGUCUCCAAAAUCUAUCAUAAUUACCUACACUCCCUGUCGACCCUUCUACCAUACCAGCAACGCCGAAUCACAACCCUGGAAGAGGAAAACCAGUUUGGAGAUGUUCUUGCAGACCUCGUACAGACACACACAAACACAAUCCCAGUCCUCGCACGUGGUUUCCUAGAGUGCAGGAAGUACGUCAGCUCAGCUGAUGUCACGCGCUUUCUGGACACGCAUUUGCGCGCUCGUAUUGGCACGCGCUUGAUCGCCGAGCAGCAUCUGGCUCUUCAUUAUGCUUCUCAGCCUCUCAGCGAUACGCCCUCUGGGACGGCAGAUGGAGCAACGCAGCAAAACAAGAUCCCGUCCAACUAUAUCGGGGUAAUUGAUACGGCGUUGCAGCCAGCAAGUAUCAUCCGAGCAUGUGAAGACUUUGUCGGAGAGAUCUGCGAGUUGAAAUAUGGUGUGCGGCCGUCCUUGAAGAUUGGAGGCCAGCCCGAGGCUGCAUUUGCUCAUAUCCCCGUGCAUAUAGAGUACAUCAUUACGGAAUUAUUGAAGAACGCUUUCCGGGCAACCAUUGAGAAUGGUAAUGAGCGUGAACCCAUCGAAGUGACGAUCGCUGCUGCGCCAGAUGUCCCUGGAAAUGAGCGCCCAGUCCAAGGUGAUACCGAUAUUGGCUUUGAGCUUGAUGCAGAGAGUGAAAGAGGGAGCCCACUUGAGCCCGUUGGGAACUGGACCCCAUCGUCUCAGAGCAUCACGAUUCGCAUUCGUGAUCGCGGUGGCGGUAUCCCACCAGAAGUUCUGCCUCAUAUCUGGUCGUAUAGCUUUACGACAUUCUCGGAUAUGGAUUUCCAAUCCUCGGAGAAUGGUAUGGAUGCCUUGAAUACUAUUUCUGCGAGCAGUGGGCACCUCAGCAGUAUUGCGGGUCUUGGUUAUGGAUUACCUUUGAGCCGAGCUUACGCUGAAUACUUCGGUGGCAGUAUCGCCGUGCAGAGUCUUUGGGGAUGGGGCACUGAUGUCUAUUUGACAUUACAGGGAGUUGGCAGAAUCGAUUAA